AUGUCUCUGAGCCUGUCCUUAUUUUUCGCCGUUGUCCGGCGAAAGAGGGGAGGGGGGUGGUUCUCAAAAGCAAGGCUGUCAACGGCGCGGUUCGUUCAAGCAUUCAAGCAUUCAAGCGUUGCAAGUCUGCUUUUCUCUUGUUCGGGCUCUGCCGUCAAGUGUCAUGACUCUCCUGGGAACCAAGACGCGCCACAGCAGGCACAUGCCGGGCUCGAGUCGGUCGGGAGACUGAGAGAGAGAGAGAAGAGGGGUGUGGGUGGAAGACGGAGACCGAGAAAGCAAGAAACCAAAGGGGUCCUUUCCUGGAUCAAAUGUGAGGAAGAGGAAGGUAAGUGA